AUGGAGAUUGACGAGGACCACAUCCAGUCCAUCUCCAGCCAACUCGACGACUCGGACGCCCCACGGGGAAAACCAAGGCCCAAUGACAAACGGGACAUUUCCCUCCCGAAACAAGACUACCCAAGAUUCUUUCUCUUGGUGAUGCUCUACUUUAUCCAGGGGAUCCCUAUCGGCUUGGCGUUUGGCAGUGUGCCGUUUCUCCUCAAGUCUAACAAACUCACAUAUUCCCAGGUCGGGCUCUUCUCCUUAGCCACCUAUCCAUACUCGUUGAAGAUUCUUUGGUCACCCAUUGUCGAUUCCUGCUAUUCUGCUACAGUCGGUAAAAGAAGAUCAUGGAUUAUCCCGAUCCAGUGUGUCUCGGGCGUCUCGUUGAUCUUCCUUGGUUCCAAAAUAGACACGUGGAUUUCCGAUAACGACCUCAUUUUGCAGAACCUCCCAUUGCUAUCGUUCAGCUUUUUCUUUCUUAUUUUGUUAUGUGCAACUCAGGAUAUUGCCGUCGAUGGCUGGGCUUUGACGAUCUUGAGCAAGAACGCCCUUAGUUAUGCGUCUACCGCCCAAACAAUCGGUUUGAACACAGGCUACUUUGUCAGUUUCACUAUUUUUUUGGCAUUCAAUUCGGAAGACUUUGCCAACAAGUAUUUUCGUUCCGUGCCUCAGGAUUAUGGUUUUGUUAGCUUAGGCCAAUACAUGAUGUUUUCGGGUUUUCUAUAUUUGUUUAUUACCUUACUCAUAGUCAUGGUUAUACCAGAAAACCCUCCUGUUAAAAAGUACCGGGAUACUACAGAAUACAAUUUGGAAUAUGAUACAGCAGAUACAGACGAUUCAAUCAAAACUGUUUACAGCAAAAUGCUUAAAGUUUUAAAGUUGAAAAAUGUCCAAACAUUUAUUGUGCUACACUUGGUUUCCAAAAUAGCAUUCCAGGCCAACGAAGCGGCAACCAACUUGAAACUUCUAGAUAAGGGUUUUUCCAGGGAAGACCUAGCGAUAACUGUUCUCAUCGAUUUUCCUUUUGAAAUUGUCUUUGGGUAUUAUGCAGCAAGAUGGUCUAAUACGAACAAACCGUUGAAACCUUGGAUGUACGGAUAUAUUGGAAGGCUUGUGGCUGCCAUCUUUGGACAAAUUCUUGUGUGGGGGUUCCCGAAAAGCGGCAAAAUCAGUACUUCAUAUUUUGUUUUUGUUAUUUUGCAACAUUUGCUGAGCUCGUUCAUGUCAACUGUUCAAUUCGUCUCUAUAUGCGCAUUUCACACCAAAAUUGCGGACCCUCUCAUCGGUGGGACAUACAUGACAACCUUGAACACCUUGUCCAACUUUGGCGGAACAUGGCCGAAAAUCAUAGUUCUUUAUCUGAUUGAUAAACUCUCCAAAUCCAUAUGCGUGGAUCCAAAUGAGGAGACAUCAUCCCCAAUCAAGGGAAAUCAAAACCCAUUCUUCAAUGAAAAGUUUUAUUCAUGCUAUCAAAAUGAUAUGAAAUCGUUGUGUACAGAAAAUGGGGGUUCUUGCAUACCUGUUAAGGACGGGUACUACUACACUAAUUUAUUAUGCAUUGUUCUGGGUCUAGUGCUCUACUUUGGUUGGAUAAGGAAAACCGCAAAAUCUUUAGAAAGGCUUCCAAUCGCUUCUUGGAGGGUCAAGGAAAAAGGGGCAUUGAACGGAAUUCGUAGUCAUCUCCCGCUAUGA